AUGAACGGCAGUAAGACCUCGGGUAUACUGAAACAUCUCGUUGCAUCUGAAUGUCCGUUAAUCGAAGAAUCCUCUCGCAUCAAAUCUUUCAGUUUUUUCAUCCUUUCUGUGAUAGUAAUUACACUCGCAUCUAUUAUAACAGCCACAUUGAAUGGUCUAGUUCUUGUAGGCAUCUACAGAACCCCAUCUCUACAUACACCGUCGUUUUUUCUGCUGUUUGGCCUGGCGCUUUCUGAUUUUGCCAUUGGAGCCUUGGCUAUGCCUUCCACGGUCGUACCGUUUGUGGUGUACACCAUAGAAGAUGAAACCUUGUUGAAGAUGUGGUGCUGGUACAGACGAAUACCAAACUUCAUUUUACCCUGGUUAUCUGGUGUGUCUGUUAUCACGUUGACUUUAGUUAGUGUCGAUCGUAUGAUUGCACUGCAUCUUAAUCUGCGAUACCCAACGAUUGUCACCAACAAACGCGUUGCCAUCAUAAUCGCUAUUGUUUGGAUAAUGACAUCUUUAAUCGCUCUAAUUCAAAUUUGGGCAACGAACUGGCUGCUGUGGUUAUCGAUUGCCGUCUUGGCAAUAUGCUUCAUCAUAUCCUGCGUCAAUAACGCUAAAAUCCUCAAAAUAGUUCGCCGACAUCAACGGGAAAUUUGCCAAGUUCGGGCACCGUAUAAUGGCAACAACCAACAAAACAACAUGACAUCACAGCGUUGGAAGAACACCAAGAAUAUGUUAUGGAUCUAUGGACUAUUCCUGGUAUGUUAUGCUCCAUUCAUGGUCACCGCAGUAAUCAUUAACGUAGGAAGUAGUCCACCAUUAGCAUUCUUCUGCUUCAUCGCUAGCAUGGGCUUAGUUCUUCUGAACUCACUUUUUAACCCUAUUUUAUAUUGCGCCAAGAUGAGCCAGAUUCGCAGGGCUCUAGCCAUGCAGCUGCCCGAGAGAAUACGUCAUUGGUUCAGACUAACAGUCCAGUUACAGUGA